GCUUUCAAUCGUCAAAGCGCGGCACAAAAGGGAAAGCAGAGAAAAUCAUAGAAAAACUGGAGGAUGGAGGAGGGGAGUGGCCUGCCGUAGUCCCUGUUGAGCUAGAGCCAGCAGGGGUUACAACUUUUUUGUGCUCAUUGGCACGAGAUGGACUGUAAACAAUGAUAAAGUGGGGGUUCCGAGUGGGAACCCACCACCACUGCGGGGGUCCGAUGCUUCCGGUGAGGGGCAGCUAACGGACCAGUCGACUGACUAAAUGGAAUUUGCACUGCGAUUAGACACCUGAGGCAUGGACGGACUCGCAUUCUGCUCGGAAUGGAUGAGCCUCAAGCGGUCGAAACUCGACUGAUAUAUUCUACGUUUCCCUGGCUUUGCACUGAACAAAGAUAGAGAUAUAAUGUGCGAUUAGCGUCUCACGAUCUGCACGUUCGGUGCCCGAAUCGGAGAUCCAGAAACCCGAAUCUGGGCAUCUGUUUUCAGGCAUUAGUUUUCUGCUUCGCUCAUGGCGGCGAACCGGUCUCCAUGUUCGUUCCAUCUUCAGAGGUCGCACUAGAUAAGCUGAUUCGAAUUCUGCCAAGCGCUUAGAGUAAAUGGCCGUUCCCAAACUAGCAGCAGACGAGCUUUAAGGGAUUGUGUGCUUUUAUGGCAAGAGGGCUCCGGGUUGAGCACUUUCAUGCACACGCACACUUCCGUAAAUGCUUUGGAGAGUAGGGAGAAGAGGCCACAGGUCGUCAAAAUUGGGAACAGCAGCAGCAGCAGAUCUGUGCAGGAUUGAUCAAAAUUUUUUGACAGUCUUCCCGUGAGGUUUCAUAUCGUCUCUCCUCCUGUCUGUCUGUCUGUGUCUCUGCUCGUCAUUUAUUACCUUGCCAUUCUCUCCCACUCUAGAGGUGGUGAGCUCGUGAAGGUGGUGAGCUCGACUGAAGCGGUCGAUGAUCCGAACAUCCAAAUGGAAGGAUCGUAACUUCAGAUCUAAGCAUUGUGCAGGACUUCCUCCCUUUCUUAUUGUAAAUUAGAGGAGUGCUGACGAGUGCAGUGGUGGCAGCAAGCCAGCCGGUGCGGAGGCGCGCAACAACCAAAUCCGACCGACCGACCGACAGGAUUGUGGAGAAUUCAACCCCAUUAAAAUUUCCAUCACCUCAUUGAAGGCACGAGGGCUAAGGAGGCGAAGUUUAUUGCGUGUGCGUUGUUGUUGUACUGCACGUAAACAUACAUGAGCACGUGCCUACAACAGCAACACGGUUAGAAGUAUGACAUUCUGUUCCAGGCCCAGAUGUAUCCUCGUAAUUUUCUUGUGGCUGGGCGCAUCGUCAUCAUCAUCCUUCACAGGAAUCCGCGCUGAAGAAGAAGAAGAACAACAACGUCAUGGGGUGACUUCAACUCCAACGUUUACAGCAGCAUCACCUACUGCUUCUCUCCAUCACCUUCCUCCCAACACUACGACGACGACGACUCUCAACCAGGAAUCCAGAGCAGGCGUACUACUGGAAACCUCGCCCAUCACCUUGCGAGAAACGCAGAUGCUGCUAGAGUUUCAGCAGGGUGUGACCAAAGAUCCCAGCAGCAAGCUUGUAAAUUGGAACCUGACGGUGCAGCCAAAUAUGUGCAACUGGACAGGCAUUGUGUGCGAUGUGGGUCAGGAGUAUGUGGUCACGUUGAAUCUGACGGGCAACAUUUUGGAGGGCUUCAUCUCUCCCGUGCUCGGAGGUCUGCAAAAUCUCGAAAUCCUCGUACUGUCCGAUAACAAGUUCGCGGGCAACGUUCCAUCAUCUCUGAGCGCGCUUAGGUAUCUGACGCAUUUGGAUCUUUCGAACAACGAUCUUCAAGGUACCCUUCCUCCCGAAAUUACCAACUGCACUGCUUUGGUAUACUUGGAUCUUUCGAACAACCUCAUUGUUGGGUCUAUCCCUCCAGACCUAGGAAACUUGGCGAACCUGGAAAGCUUGUUCUUGAACGGCAACGACUUCACAGCUGCGAUACCACGCUCGUUGGGCAACUGCUCUCGUCUCUCAUCAAUUAACCUGAGUGGGAACAACCUCGUUGGCCCGAUUCCCUUUGAACUGGGUCAAUUGGCGAGCCUCGAUCUUCUGAUUCUGUCUCAAAAUAAUCUCACUGGUAUGAUACCAACCUCGAUUGCAACUGGUUGCCUGAACUUGACCAAUCUCGACUUGAGUUCCAACAAGCUCAACGGAGGAAUCCCACCUGAAUUGGGACAGCUUCAAAUGCUCAAGGUUCUCAGGUUGCAAGGGAACAAUCUGACCGGCCCGAUCCCAGAUACUCUAGGACUUUGUCAAUCUCUCACGGACCUGAUUGUGGGACCCAACCCACUGACAGGAAGGAUACCUCUGGAGCUCGGCAGAUUGAAACAGCUGACGAGUUUGGUGAUCACCGGUACUGACAUCACAGGUUCAAUCCCUUACACUCUGAGCAACUGUACAAACCUGAGGAGACUGCAACUCUUCAGCAAUCAGCUCAGUGGCACUAUCCCGGCCGGUCUGGGUAAAUGUACGAAUCUUACCGUGUUGGAACUCGCCAACAAUCAACUCAGCGGCCCAAUUCCGAGUUCUUUGGGCAAUUUGAUGAAUCUGGGCCGACUGGACGUCAGAAGCAAUCAACUCACCGGCAUCAUUCCUCCCGAAUUGGGCCAACUGAAGGCUCUCGUCGAGCUGCACCUCUCUGAUAACAAUCUCAGCGGCCCACUCAUCACCGAAGUCGGACUACUCAAAUCCAUCGAGAAGCUCAACCUCAACAACAACUUCUUCACCGGCAAGCUACCCCUAUCGCUGAGCAAUUGCGCCACGAUCAUCGAGCUCAAUCUCUCGGAGAACAAUUUCUCAGGGCCCAUUCCGGGGGACAUCAUUACUGGCCUUCGAGCUCUCUCCUACUUAAGUCUGGAGAACAACCAGCUCUCGGGCCCCAUUCCCACGGAGCUCGGCAACCUGGAGUUCAUAAUCGUCAUCGAUCUGUCUGUGAACAACCUCACUGGGGACAUCCCUGUCAUCCUCGGCAAAUGCAAGGGGCUGGUGCUGUUGAACGUAUCCAACAACCAUCUGACCGGCGAGCUGCCUUCGAGCCUAGCUCCUCUGCCGAUUUUGACUCAGUUCAGCGUGGCAUACAACGACCUUGUGGGCCCGAUUCCUGUGAAUGGAUUUUUCGCUAACUUGACAGAAGCAUCGUUUGUGGGUAACCCGGGCCUCUGCGGCCCUCAGGUCCAACGAAAUUGUACAGGGCCCUAUCAACGACCGUGCAGCGGGCUCAAGUGCCAUCGAAAGUGGGUCUACGUGGUCUCGGGUGCAGCUGGAUUCGUGCUCGCGCUGGUGGGAUUGGGGAUUUUCUUGUGGAUGAGCGGAGAGAAGAAGAAGUGCGUCACCAGCACGAGGAAGGAGCUCGGCAUCUAUACGACGCAGAUGAAGGUGACGGCCGAGGACUUGUGGGCGUCGACCGAGGGGUUCAGCGAGACCAACAUUCUGGGUGUGGGCGGGUACAGCACGGUGUACAAGGGAGUUCUGCCCGGGGGCAUGGCCAUCGCCGUGAAGAGGCUGAACAUGGACAGGGAAAUUUCCAACGAACACGAUUUGACUCAUGAGCUGCAGAUCCUCCGCAACCUUCGGCAUAAAAAUCUGCUCAAAGUGUACGGCUUCGUGGCGACUCCAGAACUCAGAGCCCUGGUCAUGGAAUUCGUUCCCAAUGGCAGCUUGCACGUGCAGCUCCAUAAAGGUGAGACUUGCGGUCUCAGUUGGGAGACCAGGCUUAACAUUGCCAUCGGUGUCGCCGACGCCAUGAUUCACCUCCACCAUGAAUGCCACGAGCCCAUCAUCCAUCGUGAUCUUAAACCGAGCAACAUCCUCCUCGAUCCCGACUACAACGCCCGGGUCGCUGACUUCGGCAUUGCCAAGAACGUCCACUUCGACGGCAAUGGCGAAACCACCGUUUCCGGCCUCUUCGGUACGACGGGAUACAUCGCUCCAGAGUACGCGACGUCGAACAAGGUGUCGACGAAGGGAGACGUGUACAGCUACGGGGUGGUGAUCCUGGAGAUGCUGACGAGGAAGCAGCCGACGGACGACACGUUCACGCCCGGCACGUGGCUGUCGCUGUGGGUGCUGAAGGCGUACCCGGACCGGAUCAACGAUAUUCUGGACUCGAGCCUCAAGGGCGUGUACCGGAGCCAGGAGAAGGAGAUACACAUGCUCAUCCGCAUCGGCCUGCUGUGCACGCGCGACGUGCCCCACGACCGCCCCUCCAUGAAGGACGUCCGCGACAUGCUCACGCAGCUCAAGCACCCGAGCCGCCUCUCCAUCAGCGCCACCUCCUACCCUUCCAUGUCCGAGCUCGCAGACAUUCACGCCGGCCGCUUCCAUGGCCCCUACCCCCUGCACCUCUCGAGCUACGACACAGGUUCGGGCUGUAACUCGACGGGCAAAAAGUCCACAGGCGGCAAGAAAGGUCGUUGGAGUUCCGGAAAGCAGCGCAGUUGACGGAGUGACUUGUGUCUUUUCCAGCUCCCCCUCUUCCAUGUCCUGCCAGGUGAUUGCAGCGUCGAGCAGCUCACAUCAGCACAAAGAAAGAAGAAGGAGAAUGAAUGUUGCUGUAGUUAAUUUGUUGCUACUACAGAAGCCAGCUAGUGCUGCUGGUGACGGUCAAAAUUGUGGCGGCUCGGACUGACGAAUGAUGAAACGUCAUUGACUACAACCUGACGUGUGAUGCAAAGAUCGUUCUCGCCUACAUCAGAACUCCACCUCAGUAUCGUCGAUCGAGCAUCUCGGACAGGACAGUUCGCGUCACAGGAACUAAAUUCCUCUGAAAUUUUUUUACUUGAGGUCGUGUACAGCGGACUUCCUUUGAACAUCAGUUCUCUUCCACAAAGCUAGGCUAAGCUCUAUCGUGUGUCAAGAAUUACACACCGGAGCAACAGAGUGGAUCUACAAUUUCGGAGCCUGCGAAGAUCAUGCUUCCCGUUUCCAACUAUGCUCAGAUGAUGAUCUCCGACUCCGAAUUCGAAGUGUGCAAUGGGACAACUUAUUCUGAAACUGGCGCAAAUGUCAGCAGAUCUCGGAGGAAGUUUGAUCGACCGUAUUCAAUUCAAAAUCGACCUUCUCGAUCUAUUCUUUGCCAGUAGCGUUCCUGCGUCCCACAAACAUGUACACAUAAUAAGUUUAAAUUUUGGCCACUUCGUUGCGGUGCGGUGCGUCAGUGGAAACCUGCAGCUGCACCGCAUGCACGCAUGCUCCUAUCAGUUCGUUGUCCAUCCAACUUGUAGAAUCAAAGGUAUGUGCAGUAGCCAACGUCUUGUUGCUGAGAACAUUGAGAAUAUUGAUCAAUUUGACUCUCGAGUUCUUUCGUAAACAUUUGAGCUGAAUUACAAGCGAUUUAUCGGGCCUUGUGACAGCACUUCUUCCAAUACAGUUUGAACCUGACGCAAGGUAAUCACUUCUAAAUCCUCGAAGGGCAGGUCUGUAACGUGUUCGUAUUAUUCAUUAAACUGUUGAACAUUAUACUGUCCUUGUUGAACUUGUUCAACAAUUUUAUAAUUUCUCCCAUUGACGCUCUUCUCUGAUGAUUCAGGGGUCCCUCUAAAGGUGAACUUGACGCACAGGAAGGAUUGAAAACUGACGUACAAUUAUUAAACUUGUAGCCUGAGGACGGAAAUGUAGGGGUCGUCCUCAUGUUUUAUAUUUGGCUCCAUACUUUGCGUGGUACAUAGCUACUGGAAAGAACUGUUCACUGGAAGCCUUCAAAACUAAUAUGUUCACAUGCAUGGAGAGCAUGGGAUCGUGGCACGGUUAUUGACUGACUCACUACAGUAGUAUGCCGAAUCGCAUCAUUUGAAAUAUUUUCUGUUUUAUAAUACCGUAUCAACAAUACUUGUAUUAACAUGUAAUGUAUCGUCCCUGCGUGGUCUAUCCCCUCUAAUAAGUUUCACUCCGGUGGUUCUCAAGAGCUUUGGUGUGCUGUACACGUUCUGCAUAUACCUUCUCCAUUCGGAGAACAUCGUUGGAAGGACGUUACUGCGGUUUGAUUCGUCUCCAAUCCUCUAAGUUUUCUUCACACAGCGCGCGUAGAUGCAACAGUCGCCUGUGAUGUGUCACCAGCUGCUUCCCCUUGCUGUCAGUAGACAAAAUUUGCACAUUUCAAACUCAACGCGAUUUUGUUUUCUCUAUUUUCAACUUGAAGAGUAAUUAGGUGUGUGUGUUUCUGAAUUUGGUUUCUUCCACUAUUUUUCCUCAAGCACUGUCAUUUUUAGUAAAGUAUCAUAUCGACACUGAACUCAGGUGAGAAACUUGCAUCCUUGAUUUGUCUACUGCAAGUACACGGCCUAGACGUGACUUCUCCGUACAGUGCGCAUUAGUGAUUAAAGGCUGUAGAUCCUGUCAACAACGGUUCAGUCGCCAUUAAAAUUUUACUUAACAGACGACAUAAGCAAAAGAGAAAACUGCAUCUUGCAGUUCCAUGCAAUUGACUGCCACGGUUCAACAAAAUAAGAUGGUAACGCUUUGUUCUUCGAGGGACAAGAUCAAAAAGGGUUGUGGAGAAUCCCCAAGAAAUGAUUUAUUCGUACAUCGAUCCCUUUUCUUUAAGUAGAAUUGUACUACAGACAGCCAGGUCCUCAUCAGACAUCAGCCCUUCGACCCUAGCUGGGGCCAUCACUGACAUCAAUUGAUGUAGUACCAUCUUGAUAUUGAAGCAAAUGGCAGCCUUCUGUCAAUUUCCUGGCAAUGGGCUCGAAGCGUCUUGGUGCCAAAAUCUGGUUGUAAGGGAGUACUUACAGCCAGUGUUACACUAGCCGGUUCUCCUAGUUGGUAACACAUCCAGCAGUUCCUACUGAAUCCAAUUCAAAUUUAAGCGCCAGGAGAUACAGUCGAUACAGAGACUCAACUCCGAAUGACGUAACAUUAGAUCGACUGUCGAAGACUCUCAGGUCAGCUUCUUCGAUAUUUCCAUAAAAAGUAAGAGUUUCUUGUUCCUGUUACUAAGAAUAAGAAUCUACCACCCAGAUACUUUUGAGAUCUUGCAUGAAACUAACCUUGUCAUAUCACCAUUUUACCAUUGUACUGGAUUUUGGAACUAGAAAAGCCUCUUGAUAUUAGACAUGGAAACAAGAGCUUCCAGACUUCUAAAUAACGUUUUCGUGAACGCAACCUAAAUCCUCUCCUUGAACUGCCGUGAGGAACCAAAACUUUGGGAACAAUUAAAAUGUUUUACAUCUGUCAAAAAAUUGCAACUCACAUACUACUGACAGGAAUUAUGGUGUGUGAGUGUUUGCCUGGAUUGGAACUGGGCAAUAACCCACCAAAACCAGAUUGAUUCAGACGGCUAUAGGGCCAAACCUUCAUCCCAACUUAUGCCAAGGACAGCUCUCCCUUGGGUACGGACCUUUUCACCAGAUUGGCCCAGGCAUUGUUGGUCUCAGCGAUCACCUUCAAUGCAUAC